UUUCAAACGUCACAAUUUAGAAGAUGCUUCAGCCACAACAUGCGGCUUAUAUUUUUGAUGCAACAACGGCCUCUCAUGAACCAAAACGUUGGGUCAAAAUCUCCCCCUAUUUUCACCUAAUUAUAAGGGGUUAAUCCACAUUCCAUUUUCAUUCUCAAAUCACUGGUAUACCUCACAGUCACAGCCAUGGAGUCUCAAUACACCCAAAACCCUGAAAACUUAGCUAGAACACCUCCCAGCAACCCCACCUCUCCUUCACCAACUAACAUAGUUCAUAGAGUGAAAAGCAAUUUGUUUUUUCAAUCUAAAUGGGCAGAAUUGAAUGGUGCCAUGGGAGACUUGGGCACAUAUAUUCCUAUUGUGUUGGCCUUGACACUUGCCAAGGACCUUAACUUAGGCACCACAUUGAUAUUCACUGGUGUCUACAACAUUGUCACUGGCGCCAUAUAUGGUGUUCCAAUGCCUGUCCAACCCAUGAAGGCGAUUGCAGCAGUAGCUAUAUCUAAUGUUUCGGAUUUUGAUAUCCCAGAAAUUAUGGCAGCUGGAAUUUCUUCUGGUGCAAUUUUGUUGGUUUUGGGUGUUACAGGGUUGAUGCGGCUGGUGUAUAAGCUGAUACCCCUAUCUGUUGUUAGGGGAAUUCAGCUGUCACAAGGCUUAUCAUUUGCUAUGACUGCUGUUAAGUACAUUAGAAACGUUCAGGAUUUUUCCAAGUCAAAAUCUGAAGGGAAUAGACAUUGGCUAGGAUUGGAUGGAUUGAUUUUGGCUAUAGUUUGUGCUUGUUUCAUAAUUGUUGUUAAUGGUGCAGGUGAAGAAAGAAAUGAAAGAGAGGCUAAUCUUGACGAAGAAGGGAGUACGAGAAGGAAAAGAAUCAGGAAAAUCAUGGCUUCUAUUCCUUCAGCUUUUAUCAUUUUCUUGUUAGGUGCGAUUUUGGCAUUCAUACGAAGGCCCAAAGUGGUGAAUGACAUUAAAUUUGGACCUUCUUCUAUGAAGGUUGUGCAUAUAUCUAGUCAUGCAUGGAAGGAAGGAUUUAUCAAGGGCACGAUCCCUCAACUGCCUUUAUCAGUACUAAACUCAGUGAUUGCAGUCUGCAAGUUGUCAUCAGAUCUAUUUCCAGGAAGGGAAUUCUCAGCUACCUCGCUUUCAGUAACUGUCGGGCUAAUGAACUUGGUGGGGUGCUGGUUUGGUGCCAUUCCAUGCUGCCAUGGUGCAGGUGGGCUAGCUGGGCAGUACAAGUUUGGAGGCAGGAGUGGUGGGUGUGUAGCUAUUCUUGGGGCAGCCAAAAUGAUCUUGGGGGUGGUAUUAGGAACUUCUUUAGUGACGAUUUUGCACCAGUUUCCAGUUGGCCUCUUGGGUGUUUUACUCUUGUUUGCAGGGAUUGAACUAGCAAUGAGUUGCAGAGAUAUGAAUUCGAAGGAAGAGUCUUUUGUGAUGUUAAUAUGCACAGCUGUUUCCCUUGUACGCUCAAGUGCAGCACUAGGCUUUGUUUGUGGAAUAUUAGUGCAUGUGCUUCUUAAGCUCAGGAACUGGAGCAGAGAUCAGUCCUGUUCUACAGCGUGGACGCCUGGAACUCCAUAACAAUACCAUGUUUUUCAUUUAAGCUUGGUGU